AGGGCCAUUCCAGGGCGGAAGAGGACGGGGAAAACCGCUGUGUCGAUUCCUCGGCCCUGUGGGCCGGGCGCGCAGCGGGUCGGGUUACAGACAGGUGAGUCUGGCGGAUGGGCGAGCUGCGGGCGCCAGGGAGCUCCUGGCGAGACGCGCCCCGGCAGCCCCCGAGCCCGCACGAGUCUGCUCACCCACAGGAGGGGUGCGCCCACCGCAGCGGUGGAGGCAGUGCUGCGCGUCCCCGGGCGCACCCGAGCAGGGGCCGUGAGAGGGACAGCGCGCGCCCCAAACGCCGGCACUGCUGGUCUUAGAAACUUGGCAUCUUUCUCUUACCAACUCCUCUUCCUUCUCUCCCAACUCCCCCUCCGCGAAUAAAGCCCGAGAGGAAAAACCAAAACCAAAAAUAAAUACAAAGCUCUCCAGCCACCUCCCCAGUAGCAGCCCGUCUUCGUUUACUGGGAAAGGUAUUUCCCAGCCUCUGAUUUCGGGGAGCGGGCAGUUAGGCGAAGACUGUAAUGGGAGUGGGCAAGGAUAAGAGAUUUGUUUCGGAGCUGCGUUUGCAUAACAGGCGCUCGGCUUUUGUUUCCAUUGUGUGUUUAUUUGGGUUGAUGAGGCUCUUGGGGUGGUAGGUCUUGGGAUGGAAGCUGCUUUAGCAGAGCAAGCCGACUUGUUUUCCCCAGAUUGUGUGGCACAGAUCAGUAAUAACGACGUGUUCUAAAGCUGCCGAGCUUUAAGUCAUAUUAUUACUGUGCUUAUUUGGGGGGGCGGGCUGUUGUAAAUGAUGGGGAUCUUGAGUCCCCAAGUCGCCCUCUUUACCAGAACAGAGCCCUGGGUAAUCUCCCUGCCGCCUCCCCCUUCCGCCCGCCGGGAUUUCAACUAGCCGCGGAAACCAUCCACAAAGUCCGGAGGAACUGAGCCAUUUUCUUGCUUGCUUGUCGGAGACAAAUCCACCCGGGGGCGGGGGAUGGUGGUGGUGUGUGCAACUCGCAGGAAGCUCCAGCUCUUAGGAUGGACGCCCCGGGAAGCGGACCUGGGGGUUAACCUCUAAGAGUUUGCCCUGAGGUGCUCGUGAUGGGGAAUGGGGCGAGAGGCUGAUCAAAAAACGUUCUUCCCUUUUUAAAAAGGGGAGGGGGGGAAGAAUCAGACGUUAAAUUCUUUUGCAAACAUUCAUGCCUAAGGAAGGGCUGGAACAGGCAGCCCCGGCCGCCGGAACCGGUCGGACAGGUAGCGAGCUUGUUGACACCGUUAUGUUGCAGGGCGCAUGCUCACUCCCAAGUUUCCUGGUGUCUCUUCUAUUCCACCUUAUGAAACUUUUUCCCCGGCGUGGUCUCACCCGCGAUUUAAGGCAUAGGUGUCGCCGAGCCCGGAGGCUGGGAGUCGCCGGGCGUGCGGGGGAGAGGCCUGGGCCGCUGCGCGGCGGGGGGCGGAGGGAGAGGGCAGGCUAGGCGGGAAGGUGGUCUCUGGCCGCCGGGAGCCGGGGACCGAGUCACUGCCGCAGCCCCUAUCAGGGAGCAGCCGGCAGGAAGGGGGCCGCCGGCCGGGGAGGGGGCCACACCAUGCCCAAAGUCUUCCUGGUGAAGAGGAGGAGCCCGGGGGUCUCUGUCCGCAGCUGGGAUGAGCUCCCGGAUGAGGAAAGGGCAGACACCUACAUCCCAGUGGGCCUGGGCCGUCUGCUCCACGACCCCCCCGAGGACUGCCGCAGCGACGGCGGCAGUAGCAGCAGCAGCGGCGGCAGCAGCAGCGCGGGGGAGCCUGGAGGCGCCGAGAGCAGCUCGUCCCCGCGCGCCCCCGAGCGCGAAAUCCCCGAGCCUGGCGACGCAGAGGGCCCGGGUGGACACCUGGCGGCGAUGCAGCGCCCAGUCGCUAGGUCGAAAAUCAAGUUCACCACAGGCACAUGCAGCGACCCGGCGGUUCACAGCUGUGAGCUGUGUGGCAAGGGCUUCCGCCUGCAGCGCAUGCUCAACCGCCACCUCAAGUGCCACAACCAGGUGAAGAGACACCUGUGCACCUUCUGUGGCAAGGGCUUCAACGACACCUUUGACCUGAAGAGGCACGUCCGCACGCAUACAGGCAUUCGCCCCUACAAAUGUGACAUCUGCAACAAAGCCUUCACCCAGCGCUGCUCCUUGGAGUCCCACCUGAAGAAAAUCCACGGGGUGCAGCAACAGUACGCCUACAAGCAACGCCGGGACAAGCUCUACGUCUGUGAGGAUUGUGGCUACACGGGCCCCACCCAGGAGGACCUGUACCUGCACGUGAACAGUGCCCACCCGGGCAGCGCCUUUCUCAAAAAGACAUCCAAAAAACUAGCGGCUCUUUUGCAAGCCAAGCUGACGUCCACACUCCAGGGGAAUGUCACCCUGAGCGAGGAAGAGGAGAAGUGAGGAGGUGCAGGAGGAGGAGCAGGGAGAGACGCUCGAGCUGCCACGCUUACGGGGAUUUUUGGUUUUGGAGGGGUCCCCCGCCCCACUGGGCUCAGUUCAUCCCUCUGCCCUCCCGGGGCCACGGCAGGGGAUCUGUUCCAAGGUUGUCAAUGAUGAUAGUGAUGUCCAGCCCCCUGUAACCCACGUCCUGUUGAACAGUCACAUUAACAAAAGUUUGUGGAUGGCCACGAUCGCCGUGCGGUAUUUUUUUUUCCUGUUUUUUUUUUUUUAAACGAUUUUCACAUGUGGAGGCAGAGGUGUUCUUAGACUAUCAUUUUAUGGUGCCUUGAAAUAAAAGUCCUUCCACCUGAAAUGCUACUCAAGCAAGGAAAAGGAAUUUUAUUAUUCUGAAAGAGUUUACAGGAAUUAUUUUAAUGAAUGAAACGUUUUUGUGAAACUUCCCUUAUAAAAACAAGUCAGGAGAGCAUGGAGUUCUAGCUCCCUGUUUAGGGCUUAUUGUGGGACAUUUGACUUCAGGUUACUUUGGGUGGGUGAUUUUGUAUUGGUGGGUGGGCUUGAAGAAGCAUAUCUUGAGCGCUGGGUAGGAGAGCAGAUAAAUGGGGGCCUCAGGGCUGAUGGGCAGAGACUCCUGGGGUGGACGGGGCAGGGCACUUACGGAUGCUUUGGUCACUCUUUGUGGCCGUGGUGUUACUGUGGAGAUGCCUCUGGCUUUCUGGGGCUGGGACUUGCUGGCUGCAGGCACUUGUCCCUCCCUUGAGUCUGGCACUGGGGGAGAAGUGGAAAACGCUGGACCGUGAGGAAUGCUCGCUGGCCUGGCCCACGUCCUGCUCAUUUGGGAGGCAUAGCAGUCUCUUUCGAGGCAUGUGACUGCUGAGUGCUGUGACCUUUGGCUAUCUGCACCUCCUCACCUGGGAGGCCUGGCCCCAGAGGCCCAGGAGGUUAACAAUAAAGCCGACCUGAGACCUAGGUAGGGCAGAAGAGAGGCAACAGCCCAUGGGGGUGAGGGGGCUGGCAAGAUGGUUUCCAGGGUCCUUCUGUGACUGGAGGGCUAGCAGGAAGGGCCCGAACCGUCAGGGCACCAUGGUGGCCAAGAGAGAGAUUCUCCCCAGUCCUGGAGCUGCCAGCACUAAGGGUUCAACCUUGGCUCCAGGACCGAUUGCUGGCAUCACGUUGUGUUUCCUAAUGCUUGACACAGAGGAGAGAGUCUAGAAAGCUUUUGAUUUGCUUUUAUCUGGGUAAUUUUGACAACAAAAAUGAGUAUUCCUAUAAGGGAAUCUCUAAAUGAGUAGUUAUUUAGGGGCAGCUGGCCUGUGGCACGGAGAAUUGUGAACUAGCUGACACGACAUUCUCUUUUAGGGAUAGAUUUUUAUUUAUUUUUAAACUUUUAAGAAAUUUUUUAAAAUUUUCAAAUAAGCCAACAUGGGGCUUAAACUCAUGACCCCGAGAUCAAGAUCUGCAGGCUCUACUGAUUGAGUCAGCCAGGCACCUGGGGCAGAUUUUUAUUAAACAGAAUUCUCUGGGUUGCAA